AUGUCUCGCUCGCAAUCUCGCUAUUCCUUCGAUGUCCCAAACCCUUGCAUCGACUUUGCGACUCUGAACGACGAUGAUGUGCACAAUGCCGACUCCUGGUUCGACCAAAAAGCCAACCUGGAGAACAUCCCUCCUGCGGAAAAUCUGGCAAAGGUCUUGCAGAACAGCCCCGCUUUUUCAAAGCCUGAUCUUGUCCUGUCUUCUGUCACACCACAAGAAGUAACAAUGGGUGAAAGCCAUGGCGAAGGGGACGGUGAAUGCACGCAGCCCGCUGUGAAUCCUGGGAAUAUUGUUGAAUCCCUGUCGAGCUGGAGAGCGGCUGUUCCUGCCGUGGCCUCUCAAAGGGCGGGUAGAAGACCGGCUACGAAGCAGAAGAAAACACGGCAGCGCAAACGGCCGGCUCAAGUCCACACGGAGAGAAGUGUUACUGCUGCGGUCAACAAGGAAGAGAUUCCACCCUCGAAGAAAAUAAGAAUCCUUAGAGCGUCAGGGAAAUCUAGACGCUCGGUACCGGGGCGUGUGGCGAAUUCUCACAGCAGAGAGAAGCUGACAGAAGUAGCCAUGAAGAAGGAGCCCCUGCAGAAUCCUGACCUCUCCCCAGGGAGAGGGAAAAGCAAACUGACCGUGCCCUCCACGCCAACAAUGUUAAAGAGAACCCAUCUUUCUGGCAAGCUGAAGAGUACGGAGGAGCAGGAGCUGGAAAAGAUGCAGCAGUUGCAGCGGGAGGUUAUGGAGUUGCGGAAGAAGAACGAGGAGUCUCUGAAAGCAGCUAUUGCUGGGGCAGGACAACCUGUGAAGAGAGCUGUUGGUCAAGUAACAAAGCCAAUUGACUUCCACUUCUGCACGGAGAACAGAAUUAAACAAAAUGUGGAAAGCCAGCCUGGGAACGAGUACAAGGAACUGGAUUUUAAGGCGGGCCUGAGAAAGCAUCCUCCUUCUCCGGGACGAAUGCCGAAGGGACCCACUGUCCCCAAACCCUUCAAUCUGUCCUACGGAAACAAAAGAAGAUUUGAGGAAACGACAUCAGAAUACGUGUCCCUUGCUGAGCAGAUAGAAGCAUUCCAAAAGUCCACACCCUCUCGUUACCAUUUGAGGAGCAGGAAAUCUGAUGAAGGCCCAGCUCCUGGAAAGCUGGUGAAAGCUCGGCUAACAAACCCUAAAACGCCUCUGCUUCUGACAAAGCAGCGCUUCCGGCCUGUCACCUGCAAAACUGCAGCGGAGUUAGAAGCGGAGGAAAUAGAGAAAAUUCAACAGUACAAAUUCAAAGCGCGAGAACUCGAUCACAAAAUCUUUGAGGGUGGCCCGCUCCUGCCCAAGAAACCUGUUGUGAAGGAACUCACCCAACCCAUUGGCUUUGAAUUGGAAAUAGAAAAAAGGAUCCAGGAACGUGAGAGUAAGAAGCAGCAGGAGGAAGAGCAUUUUGAAUUCCAUUCCAGGCCAUGUCCAACAAAAAUCCUGGAGGACGUUGUGGGUGUUCCAGAGAAGAAAGUGCUUCCUGUUACAGUCCCCAAGUCUCCAGCCUUCACCUUGAAAAGCAGAACCCGAGUGUCUGGCAAAGAUGAGGAAAAGGAGAAAGAAGCGGUCCCUGUGAUCAAAGCGAACCCUAUGCCACACUACGGGGUGCCCUUCAAACCAAAAAUGCCAGACCAGAGGCACGUGCACGUUUGUCCCUUCUCUUUCGAUGCCCGCGACAGAGAGCGGCAGAUCCAGAAAGAGAAAAAAAUAGAAGAAUUGCAGAAGGAAGAGGUGCCGAAGUUCAAAGCGCUGCCUCUGCCUCACUUUGACCACGUUAAGCUCCCAGAAAAGAAGGUCAAAACUCCAACCCAGCCGGAACCCUUCAAUCUGCAGGUGGAUGAACGGGGAGCUGCCAAGCUGCAGAGCUGGAAACACCAGCUUGAGGAAGACCUGAAAAAACAGAAAGAGGCAGCAUGUUUUAAAGCUCGGCCCAACACCGUGGUGUACCAGGAACCUUUUGUGCCUAAAAAGGAAAAUAAGCUGUUGUCAGAGAGCCUUUCUGGUUCUGUAGUUCCUGAAAACUUUGAGCUGGCAACGGAAAAAAGAGCUAAAGAGCGGCAAGCGUUUGAAAAACACUUGGCAAACAGAGAAGCCAUAAAGGAGAGAUAUCGGGAGCAGAUGAGGCAGCAGCAAGAGGAGCGGGAGAAGGAAGAAGUCACUAAGCUAAGGCAAGAAAUGGUCCACAAGGCAAACCCGAUACGCAAAUACCGUAGCGUGGAAGUGAAGCCCAGCGAUCAGCCCCUGACCAUGCCCAAGUCUCCCAACUUCUCGGAUAGAUUCCGGUGCUGA